GGUCAGGAUAUGACCCAGAUUAUAAUAAGGGCCAAGGGGUCUGUUCUCAUUUAUGUUUAAUCUGCCAGGGUUCUGUAAACGGUCUGGACCUGCAUUAGUGGAAUCCUUGAGUUAAUCAGGUUUUGGCUUGGGCAUUUCACUUCUUAUUGGCCACUACAGCUUUCCAGAGAGCUCCAAGAAGAAAAUGGCAUAACCUUAUCUUGAGAUUCUCUUUCUUGGAAGAUGGAUAUGCCCUAACUCAAUCUCCCUCUGUCACUCCUGCAUUUUUUUAAGAAAGGAGCUUUGAAGAGGAAUAAUGAGGUUCACAUGUGUAACAGUCUGCUGGCAGAAACACAUUUUCGGGACCAGUUCCAGCUGAAAAAGCUCAAGUUCCUGCAGAAUCACACCUGCUUGGACAGACAAGCCCUGGAGCAGUUUGUACAGGUAAGAAGAAAGGCAUGGGAAAAAGGAGUCAACCAAGAAGGAAACACUACAAAUUCCAGUAACUGGGACUUUAGCAACUCCUUUUUUGCAGGAACUGUUGUCACCACUAUAGGUUAUGGUCACCUGUCCACCAGCACAGUGACAGGGCAGACCUGUGUGUUUUAUGCCUUAUUUGGAGAGCCCCUCAACCUGGUCUUCCUUAAUCAGCUGGAGAAAUCUCUCAAUGCUCAUCUGCUUACCCUGGAAAGAGGGGUUCGAAAGUGAGGGCGUGCCCAGGUGGUUCAAACACUGGCAGUCGCCAUCUUCCUGACCACUUGCUUUUUCCUGGUGUUCCCACCAUUAGUUUUCAGUUAUGUAGAAGGCUGGAGCUACUGAGAAGGCUUUUACUUCACCUUCAUCACCCUGAGUACCAUUGGAUUUGUGGACUAUGUAGCAGACACAAAUCCCAACAAGCACUAUAUCCCCAUGUAUAGGAGCCUAACUGCAAUAUGGAGUGUUUUUGGCUUGGCCUGGCUGGCUCUGGUCAGUGUGGGAGCUGACUUGAUGGAAAGAUACCUUCAGCUAAAGUGGCACAAGUCUGACUUAAGCUUGGCAGAAGGAGACGCUACCAAAUUGGAAGAUGAACCUGAGCAGCCUAGAAUCCAUAUCCCUAGCUGA